AUGAAUCUCGCCGAUAAUAGCCAUCGAAAUCUCCGUCCCGCCCUCCAUAUUCCUCCCGCCCCGCAACAGCCGAACGCGGAUGGAGAGUUUCGCUGUGGGAUUUGCAACAAAACGUAUAGUCGCCGCGAUCUGCGCGACCGCCAUCGACGACGAUGUAUCAAGACUAUUGGUCAAGAACGCCAGUCAAAACGAAAAUCCUGCGAGACAUGUGCUCAGAAGAAGCUCCGGUGUUCCAUGACACGUCCAGCCUGCAGUCGCUGUAUCCAGAUACGGACUCCUUGCCGCUAUCCCCCGUCUGCAAUCCCCGUUCAACCGUCGGAGUCCAACGAGGCUCUGAUAUCCUCAACAACAUCCACUUCUACGGCUUCGCUUCUUUCGGUGAGCCCGGCCCCAUCAGCGCCCACUGGCAGUGCUUCGGACGAAGUGUCACCCGCUGCAGAACUCCAGACACGGCCAAUGCCAACCUCAAAUCCAUUCGAUCCCAUCACAUCAGGCCCCUGGAGCCCGUUUUCCUCAGGAGAUAUGGAUCUCAUGGUCCAUCAAUUCCCGAAUACUCCUUUAUUUCCAGAUCCUGACAUCCUAGCCCCAGGAACCCUGCCAUGGAAUAACAGCUUUUCGCCCCUUUCAGAGUCUUUGAUGCAAGAAGGAGAUAUCAUCAUGGCUUCCCUCAGUAGCAACCAGCCGAGCGAUUCCCCCACAUCACGGCUUCCUCUACAGAACGGACUCCCGACAUCGGUCCCCCAUGAUGUUUUUCAAAUUGCCAGCGACCUCAGCAUAUCUUCACUACCGUCCAGGGUGGUCGACAGCUCUAUUAUUGAUCGGAACACUCACGGCGGUACACACAAUUACCCAUAUAUCGAAAUUAACCCGGAGAACUCAUCCAAUUUGGACUUCGGAGGGCAACUUAUUGUAAAACCUGGGGUCUUGGCCCCGUAUGAAGUUCAGGAGAUUUACCAAGCGGUCUUCAGUGCUCUGCGCCAGUAUCCCAGCCUGGUACUGCAACGGGACCGUUGGUCGCCAUUCAUUCACCACCAGAUGUAUCGUUGCUCGGUCGGAGGCAUGGCCGAACCCAUGGGCAUUGCGUUGGCCUGCGUGUCCGCCCACGCGGGAUCGAUUGGCUCGAACUACGGAUUUGUCGAUGCGAUGAUCAUGAAAGAGAGGGAGAAACUGGUGCGCAACUUUCAAUCCUACCUCAAUGGCCAAGAAAACUGUCUCGCAGCAGUGCAUGCGGUCUGUAUUUAUCAAAUCCUGGGCCUAUUUGGAGAUAACUUUCUUCCUGCGGCGAUAAAGUCUCCUCCAAACCUGAAAGAGAUGCUUGAUCAACAACAGCAGGAGGUAGAGCGCCAGGCAGAAUUACACACCUCAUUUCUCCUCAAAAUGACCCGGCGACUGUACAACCACCACAGAGAUGCCCUCCAGGUAGACCACGACGCUGAAACGAGCUGGGAGCGCUGGAAAUUUCUCGAGUCUCUCCGGCGCAAUAUUUUCUUGGUGCAUAUUAUCAAUGUUAUCGGAGCCAAAUCGGGCAAGCUCAACGGGGUAUACUGUGAGCCCUUGGACGAUGACAUGAUCUUGCAGCUUCCACUCCCAGCACCCGAGUGUAUGUGGCGGGCCUGCAGCGCCCGGGAAUGGUCAGCGGCACGAGAAUAUUUACGACAACACUCAACUCCACCCAAGGGGCAGGAUGGUAGGACUGCACCGGUAUCACAGACUUUACGGCGGCUGCUCCACGACGAGGAAACUGGGACUCUAAACGUCUCCACAUUAUUACCCCUGACCAGGGUGAUUUUCGCGAGCACCAAGAUCGAGCCUCCAGGAUUAAGUCACUUAUGA